AUGGCACUUAUAGACGAGCUCAACGACGAUGGGCGCCUUCUGAUGGAGAAAUGGGAGGAGGUCGAGACCCAGCUGGCGGAGAUGGUAACCGACAAAUUACUGUCCGAGCCAACGGGCCAGUCACCCUCCUUUGACUCCUCAGACAUGGUUAGGGGGCACCGGGUAAUCAGGUGCGACGACGAGUUUUCGCGGGACUUCCUGGCGGAUUUCGUUGCCAGACUAAGCAAAGCAUGGAAGGGGAUUAGCAUAAAGCUAGUCCCCGCCAAGGACAUCCCAAGGAGACCCAGAGUUCGCAUCUGGUUGCCCAAGGGGCUGUCUAGUCAUGAAAGGGUGCUCAAGACUCUGCGAGCAAUGAAUAAGGGAGUCGACAUGGAGGACUGGGCCAUUCUCAGAGCUGAGCGAGAAUUGAAGUCCAGCCAGCCAUAUCUGUUCUUAAUCAACCAGCGCUGCCUAGAACAGCUGAAGGCAGCAGACAACAAGGUCCGGUACGGCAUCAGGAAAGCCAAGGUGAAGGUCUUCCUAGACGAACCGGACGACAUCCUGGAAGAUGAAGUCGAGGACGCCAAUAAGCUGCUGGACGAUUUGGCGAUCGCCGACAGCACCCCCAACACCACCCCGAUCUAA